AUGCCCUCCAUUCCAAAGCUUGGAUCUUCCAGCAGCCUUCCACAACUUACAGGUCGACGUCCUCCAGGUGUGAGACAAAUAAUCUCAUCCCGCGGAUGCAUCGUGGGACUCUACGGCGAAACAUCCCUCCUCAGGGAUCCAAAUAACCCACCAUCCCCCUGCACAAAAGUCCUCAAAUACGCCAAUGAUACCAAUGACAGGGACUACCAAACAAGCAUCAAAGUGGAAGCCCGAAUCCUCGACAUCCUCCAGAAACUGGGCCCCCAUCCCUCCAUCAUCCAAUCAGAAGGUCUGAACGAAGAUGGUCUGAUACUGAAAUACUAUCCCAACGGCAACAUGAGCGAAUACCUCAUCCGCUAUCCAGACAUCAGCCUCGAGAUCCGGCUAGACUGGUGCCAGCAACUCGUCGCAGCAGUAUCAUUCGUCCACUCCAAGAACGUCAUCCACUGCAAUAUCGACGUCUCGAAUAUACUGCUGGAUAUCAACCUCAACGUCAUCCUUUCCGAUUUUCAGGGAGUCCUAAAAAACAACGUUGGGGAAUACAUGCUGGACGGUCUAAGCCGUGAAGGCUCGAAAUCAGCAUGCCCCGACCAUACCCCAAUCAUGCAGAGGAACGGACUGACAUCUUCGCUGUUGGCACGGCGAUGUAUCAUAUCAUUACGGGAGCUGAGGUGUUUCCGGAGUUGGAUUCUCAUCAACAUGAAGUGGAGGUCCAACACCGGUUUCGCAAUGCUCAGUUUCCGAGAGAUGACUAUGUUUGUAGCAUUAUAA